UGUCAAAAAAAUACAAACACGGGACGCCAGGCCGAGUGGGUUUUCGCGGCAUAAACGGACGUUCUCGGUGUCGCAAUGCCCCCGAAAAAACGCGAAAAAGAGCCCGACCCGUCGAAAAAUCCGCGAAUCGACCACAUCCAGGCAGAUCAUGAGUUGUUUCUGCAAGCAUUCGAAAAGCCCACCCAAAUCUACAGGUACCUGAGGACGCGGAAUAUGUGUUCGCCGAUUUUCCUCAAUAGGACGGUGACUUACAUGAGACACAGGAUGUCCAGGUCGCACAAAGGUAGGGCCGCGUUUAAAGUCGAUUCGCUGUUGCAGCGGGUCCUCGACAAAAAAGAUUCGAUGUGCAUCGAGCCGGGUUACAUUAACCUGACGUUUUUGGGGUUUAACAACGCUGCUUUGCCAUGUGACGCGGACGUCGCGCAAGUCGAGACGGUUUUACUGAAAAUCACGCACAAAAAACGGAAAGACAGCUCGGCGCCGAGCAUGCAGAUUUCGUUGGGCGUCGCGGACGUUCCUAUUAAUCCGGUUGAAGGGCAGAUGCCCCUGACUGCUCCAACAAUAAGCAUACCGACGGAAUCGUUCUCCUCCAAUGGCGGGCCCCUAGUCAAGUCCUACAUACUUCUCUUUCGGGUCAAAGUGCUCACAGACAAGGACUGCGAAGACGACGAGCCGGCAAUGAAAAAGCGCAAGUCGGUGGGCGGCAAUCUGACAGACAGCGUAAAAGUGUAUAGUGCGGAAUUGAUUAUAUAUGAUAAACACAACCGGUGUUACUUGAGUGACGGUGAUUACGAUGUGGUGGUGCAUGACGUGUCGUCGAUACCGAAAAACUCACCAAAGAAACACUCUAGCUGGGAGAACGUCAACGAUUUGGUCGAGACUUGCGGCAACAUCGACGCCUUCAUGAAGGGCUCCAUACUGAAGUUCAAGUUGAACUGGUCGACUGAACCCAGUGCUAAAGUGGUGGACAGGCCCAAACUGUAUCCCCUCCAGGAGAACAAGGAGAACAUAUCAGCUCUGGCCAAUGGCGACUCGGAGUCGGAAAAGCUGCAGAUAGUGUACCAGUUCGUUUACAACAACAACUCGCGGCAACAGACGGAGGCGUGCGAGGACCUGCACUGCCCUUGGUGCAGCUUGAACUGUAACGAGCUCUACACGCUGCUCAAGCAUCUUAAACUGUGCCACUCGCGGUUCACCUUCACUUACGUGCCUAUUUCGGUGGGGGCGCGCAUCGACGUCGCCAUAAACGAAAUGUACGACGGGUCGUACACCGGCUCGCCCCACGACCUCAUCACGCAGCCCACGGUGUGCGCGUUCUCGAGGAACGGGCCCGUGAGGCGCGCGUCCGUCACCCACAUCCUCGUCUGCCACCCCAAGAGGCCCAAACCGAGCCUGUCCGAGUUCCUGGAGCUCGACGACUGCGAGUACGACGGCCAGAGGCCGUUCAUAACCGGUCACAACAGACUGUACCAUCACACCACCACGUGCCUGCCCAUCUACCCCAAGGAGAUGGACGUCGACUCUGAGGGCGAGAACGACCCGGAAUGGUUGCAGAACAAGACGAUGAUGAUGAUCGACGAGUUCACCGACGUCAACGAAGGCGAAAAGGAGCUGAUGAAGAUGUGGAACCUGCACGUGAUGAAGUGCGGUUUCGUCGGCGACUGCCAGAUCCCGUUGGCCUGCCAGAUGUUCGUGCAGCACCGCGGCAAAGAGCUCCUCCUCAAAAACCUCUACCGCAACUUCGUCCUCCACAUGACGUCGCUGUUCGAUUUCGGCCUCGUGAGCGCCGUCUGUCUCUACACGACGCUGCAAAAGCUCCAGGAGAUGGUCGGCGAGACGGGCGCAAUAAGGAACGUGCUGAAGGAGUCACGCGAGGCCCAAAUGGACAACCUCGCCAAGGCGGGGUGCGUUUUGCACCUGCCCGAGAAGCCGUGCACUCUGAAGACGCCUUCCGCGGGCCGGAAGACCGCGAACGUCGGCCUGCAGAGGCGCAAGGGGACGCCGACGCCGUCCGAGGCGCCGACGCGGCGGAAAUCAGCGAGCGUCGACGCGUCGACCACCAGGAAGAGGCUGUCUUUAUCUCUGAACAAGAACGAUCAGAAAUCGAGUUAGUUUCGAUCGGUUACGGACCCAUUUCAGAAGUGAGAUUGUCGAUGAGGCAAGGGGGAAAACAUAUUUAUUUCGAUAACGGAUCGGGGAUGCCUUACAAGCGCUCAGGUGUCGCUGCUAUUUUCCAAGGAAAUAGUUCUUUUUUUAAAUAUAUGCGAUAGGAAAGUUUAUAUCGCGCCUUUAUCCCUUUUUAUUUUGUUGUAUGUUUAUAUUGUUUGAUUUAGUUUAGUUGAAAUAUAACCGCAG